GCUAAGUUAACAACGACUGCAACAUAACGCGGAGAAUCCAUUGGUUGAUUUGGGUCACAUGGUAUCUACAGUUGACGUUUCGAUGUUUGUGUGACAACGUUUUUCCUUUUCAGGGUGGAGAAAAAGUGUUCCUUUUAAGUUGUGCUGCUCCGAUUUCAAGCAAUAAAGGAGUAGUGUCUAGAACCAUUUAAAAGGAACCAUGGUGUACAACUACACGAAGCCCCGUGGGCCAAUUGCUGCCAUGUACAGCAGCCCAGGCCCGUGCUACGCCCUGCCAGGACUCGUCGGACAGAAAACCCACGACCCUCGUAGCGAGCACAGCAAAGGCCCUGCCUACCCGUUCGGAAUCCGUCACGGCAAGUUCAAGGAUGACUGCAGUCCAGGCCCAUGCUACUACCCAAGCCCUAAGUAUUCCCGCAAUGGCCCGGAUGGCACGCCCCACUACUCCCUGUACUCCCGCCAGAAGGACGGGCAGAUGUUCAAAGUGCCUGGGCCGGGUGCAUACUCCCCGGAAGCCGCCGGUCAGUCGACCCACUUCAAACACCCAGCAUUCAUCUUCGGAAUCCGUCACAGACACCGACGGACAGAUAACACACCAGCGCCAAAUAAUUAUACUUUACCCCACAUGAUUGGGAAAACUGCCCAGAGCAGUAAAAAACAGGCGCCCUGCUAUUCGCUGACUGGGCGUUCCAAUGUUGGCGCCUUCUGUGAGGAUCUGGCCAAGACUCCAGGGCCUGGAACAUACAACACAACUGACCCCAUCAUGUACAAGGACAAGGCCCCGCAGUACAGCAUGACGAGCCGUAACGUGAUGCCCGGAGACACCACCCAGAAGCCCGGACCCGGAGCCCACCAACCGGAAUCCGUUGUCAUGCAUAAGCGCCAGGCUCCGCAGUUCAGUUUUGGCAUCCGACACACCCAGUAUAUGGCUCCUUUAAUUGUUGAUGUACAGGAUUAAAGGGAAAACUAAAUUUGGACAUUUUUUUUAAUGCUGAUUUUGGAACAAAAAGAACACAAGCAUUUUAGUAAUUUUGGUUUUUGAAAAUUUAGGUACAUCUUUUACAUGUUUUUGUGCAUUUCAUUUUUUUGUGAAUAAAAUUUGUUUUUUUAAUGUAUUUUCUAUACAUAUUUAUAUACACAUUAUAUGCAGAAACUUGUACACCUUUUUGAUAUAACUAUACGUGUCCAAUAUUGCAUAUCAUUAAUAAAAGUUUUUUUAUUAGGAGAAAACACAACACUUUUCAGUAUUUCCGAAUAACAAAGGGUAUCAACAACUAGUAUUUUAGAGAUUUUCUUCAUUGUAUAUAAUAUAUUUACUUAUAUUUUUUUAACAUAUAUUAUUGUUACUUUUUAAAAGAAUUCAGUGAAUCAUCAUUGAUGGACUUUUUUCAUUUUUGUUCACUUGUGUAGUAUUGUUUAAAUGUAUUUUUCAAGUGACCUGGCCAAAGUAGUGCAAGAUUAAAGUAUUAAAAAGUAUUCAUUAAUAAUUAAUUAUUAUUAAGUAUUAUUAAGAUUAAAGUAUUAACAAAUUCUGUGAAUGUGUUAUAUUAUGCAUUUCUCUUUUCGCUUUCUUCUUAAGAGUUAUUGCAGUUGAUAAUACAUUAACAUAUUAUACAUUCAAAUAUUUACCACAUUAAAAACACUUAUUACCGGUAGAAAUUAUGUAUGUGUUUACCAAGAAACCAAGAUGAAGAACAAUGGCUGCUUUGUAAUUAAAGAAAGAAAUUUAAAUUUGCAUUCUUUGACAGACAGAUCAGAGGGUCAUAUUUCGCUUCUUAUUAAUUCGUGAAAUUAUGGUCCUCAUUUUUCUUGCAAUAAGGAUUUUUUUUACAUAUUUUAUCCCUCUUAACAUUUAAUGAAUGUUAAUCUCUUUUUUUUUAAGUAAUAUUUUUAUUGAAGUACACAGUAUUCCUUUGUUGAUCCACACAGUAUUUGUUGUACAUCAAAUAGCAUUAUUGUAGUCUGUAAAGUGAUCAAGCUUUGGAAGGUUUGGUUAGUUAAAUGUUAGUCUGUUUUUUUUCUUGCUCAACCUGUGAUAGUAUUGUUAUUGUUAUGUGAUACAAAGGGAAGUCUCAGACUUUCUUAUUAUUGAGUAUUAAGUUAAUUAUUUUGUUAAAUGUUGAUUACCAAGUGUCCACAAUGUAAACAUUAAAAAUGGGGUAUAUAUACUAAGCAUAAUAAUGUCCGUGAAUCAUAAUACGUUUGUUUUCUCCUCUUUUGUAUCCUUUAAUCCCUUUCUAUCUUCAUUCAUAAAGGCGAUUUUAUUUCCUUCUUUCACAAAGAAACUUUUUGCUGAAAAUAUUGCAUGGCAUGUGGCAAAAGAAUUUUUUUAGUACGUUUAUGUUUCUUUCAGCGAGUUCAUUAGUUGUGAUUACCAUAUUAUUAGAACAAUUGUCUGCUGUACCUUGAGAGUGAUUCUAAUAAUAAAGUGUCUGAUGUUA